GGGGGGUGGGGGCUGGACUGGUGAGGAGGAGGAGGAGGAGGAGGAAAAAGAUGGCGGUGGUUGUGAGGGCUUUGCAGGAUGAGCUGGAGAAGGCGAAAGAAAGUUUGAAGAACGUGGACGAGAAUAUCCGCAAGCUGACCGGGCGUGACCCGAACGAUGUCAGACCUGGUCAAGCGAGGCGGCUAUCCAUCCCAGGCCCCGGAGGAGGUAGGGGGCGUGGAAUUGGAUUACUUCGACGUGGACUCUCAGAUAGCGGAGGAGGACCCCCAGCUAAGCAGAGAGAUUUGGAAGGGGCCAUCAGCAGGCUGGGCGAACGUCGGUCUAGGAGAGAGUCACGUCAGGACAGCGACGCGGAGGAUGAUGAUGAUACAAAAAAGCCAGCGUUGCAGUCUUCUGUUGUUGCUACCUCCAAAGAAAGAACCCGCCGAGACCUUAUACAAGAUCAAACCAUGGAUGAAAAGGGAAAAGAAAGGAAUCGGCGGAUGUUUGGCCUUUUGAUGGGUACUCUGCAGAAAUUCAAGCAGGAAUCUAAUGUUGCAACUGAACGGCAAAAAAGACGCCAGGAAAUUGAGCAAAAACUUGAAGUACAAGCAGAACAAGAGCGUAAACAAGUAGAGAAUGAGAGGAGAGAAUUGUUUGAAGAACGCCGCACAAAACAAACUGAACUAAGACUUUUGGAACAAAAAGUGGAAUUGGCCCAUUUGCAAGAAGGAUGGAAUGAGCAUAACUUAAAAAUAAUCAAAUAUAUAAGAACAAAGACAAAGCCUCACCUAUUUUAUAUUCCUGGCAAACACUGUCCGGCUACUCAAAAGCUUCUAGAUGACUCCCAAAAGAAGAUGAAUGCAAUUUUUGAACAGAGACGUCUGGAGUUUGCAGAUCAGAUUAACAGAAUGGAAGUUAGACCUAGACGUCAGUCACUGAAGGAGAGAGAACAGCCAGAGUUGCAGAAUGAAGAGCGACAGAACGAGGAAAAGGAGGGUAAGGUGGCUCACCGUGAGGAGAUUGAGGAAGUAGGUAACAAGAACAAUGAGGUAGAAAUGGAGGCAGAAGAGGAAGUGGAAGUGGGUGCAGCUCAGAGUGAUGCAGGGAAACAGCAGCAGGAAAAACCUCAGGAAGAUGAGGCUGAGGAAGAGGAGGAGGUGGAGGAAGGGGAGAGCAACAGUCAGCCAGAGAGUAUGCCUGUCGAUGAGGAAAAGGAAGUUAGUCAGAGUGUAGAGAAUGAUCAGGAAAUGGCUGAGGAGACAGAGAAGGUUCAGGAGGAGACAGUGGUUGAAAUCUGUAAGGAGCCAGAGCCUGAACCUGAGCUCGAGCAAAUACCGGAAUCCGAGCCCAGGCCUGAACCUGAGCUUGAAUGUCCUGUUAAGCCUGAGACCGAGCAAGAGAAUGUGGUCAGCACUGAGCCUAUGGAUUUGCAAGUGGAGCAGGUGAAAGUGUCACCCAGGAAAAGUGUAAGCAGGAGUAAGAGCGGUAGCAGGAGUAAGAGCAGAGGCCGUGACAAGACCAAGAGUAAGAGCAAGAGUAGGAGUCGGAGCAGCUCUAGCUCCAGCUCGAGCAGUAGUUCUAGCACUAGCAGCAGUGGGAGUAGCUCGAGCAGUGGGAGCAGCAGCAGAAGCAGCUCUAGCUCUAGCAGUAGCAGCGGCAGCAGCAGUAGGGAUAGCAGUAGUAGCAGCAGCAGUAGUGAAAGUCGAAGCCGAAGUCGGGGGCAGAGCAGGGACAGGAAGCGUAGGAGGAGUUCAGAGAGAAAACGCAGAGUUGUUUCGAGUGCAGACAAGGACCGUAAGUCAUCAAAAAACAGUAGUAGCAAAGAGGUAAAAGGAUCGAGGGAAAAGGGGUCACGUACAGAUAGAAAGAGGUCUGUGUCAGAAAACCGUUCAGGAAAAAGGUCGUCGCGUAAUGAAAGAGAUCAUAAAUUGGACAGAAAAGACAAAAAGCACUAAUUCACAGAAGACUGUACUUUAGAAAGGCAGUUUGUACAACUUGGUGAUGACAUACCUGACAGGUGGAGGGAUGUUCUCUUUCAGCUGGAGGAUAAAUCCACCUUAAGUCUUGCAUGCUGUAUAGUACUUUUAUUGGAAACCCUUGAGACUGUUAAAUGAUUGCCAUGAGUCCCCGUACUUUUACAUUGUUUUGUAAGAAAUUUUCUCUGAUUACUAUUAAAAGUGUAUUCUGAAGAUGGAAUUGUAUGGAAAAUAGUGUACUGAGCUUGUUUGAAGGAUUAGCCUUCCUCCCUUUUCAGUGUUUUUAAACUUGUUGUAUUUGACCAAUAAUGAUACCUCUUCUGUACAGUUGAAAUUCCAGGGGGUUGGGGGGGAGGGAAAUGGCACCUGAACAUUAUGUGUUACUUCUUGGCGUAAAGACGGUUGUCACCGACUAUGUACUAUACAGUUUCUUUAUGUAGAAUUAAAUGUACAUUUCAAAAACAGUAAAA